UGGAAGAGCUCUCUUCUCCUUCUCCUCCUCCUUCUCUGGAACUCCCAACGCCAUUGAAGCGUUACAGAGAGAUCUCGAGAGCAAUUUCCCUUUGAAAGACACCUAAAUUCACUCGAUCCAUUUUCACCUAUGAUUCUAUCUCCGUCGUCUCCUUCCGAUUUGGCUCCCCGAUUUCUCGUCUGAUUCUGCAAACGAGAGAGAUUCAUAGAGAGAGAGAGAGAGAGACCGAGAGAAAUGCCAGGCGUGGCUGUGAAGCUCUACAGCGUGUUCUUCAAGUUUCUCUUGAAGCAUCGUUUACAGAAUCUGAUCCAAGAUCCACUCGACGAAUCCACCGCUUUUGGAGUCACAUCUCGACCCGAAGAAACCGUCGCUUCCGCUAAUCCUCUGUUCACCGACGGCGUUGCUACCAAGGAUAUCCACAUCGAUCCCUUCACAUCUCUUAGUAUUCGGAUCUUCCUUCCUGAAUCUGCUCUUACUCCGCUUGAAUCCGAUUCAAAUCCCUCUUCCAAAUCGUCCAGGGCAAAACCUAAACGCCCUAACCAAGAUGCUCAGCCCGAUCUUGUUAAUCAGAAUCUGAAUAACUUACAGCAAUAUAAUACGCGCCGCAAUAGCUAUGGUCCUUCGGGAAAUUCCACGGAAGAACCGCGGACGAGUAGGUAUGGGGGUUACAGUAAUGAAAUGGACGGGUUGAAUUUGAUUUCCGGCGCUGCUACCGGUGGCGUUUAUAGAGGGUAUGCGCCAGCCACGGAGAAUAGCCGGAGGUUGCCUGUGAUGUUGCAAUUUCACGGCGGGGGGUGGGUUAGUGGGAGCAAUGGUUCGGCGGCGAACGAUUUCUUUUGCCGGAGGAUUGCGAAAUUGUGCGAUGUUAUUGUUGUCUCUGUUGGGUAUCGGCUUGCACCCGAGAGCCGGUUUCCAGCUGCGUUUGAAGAUGGGUUGACGGUGUUGAAUUGGCUGGGGAAGCAGGCCAAUUUGGCCGAAUGUAGCAAGUCUUUGGGAAAUGCCAUAGACAAUGACAAUGAGUUUAAGAAAUCGGAUUCUCAUGGGCAUAUCGUCGACGCGUUCGGGGCGUCAAUGGUAGAGCCUUGGCUUGCAGCCCAUGGAGACCCAACAAGAUGUGUUCUUCUUGGGGUUAGCUGUGGAGCAAAUAUUGCAGAUUAUGUGGCUAGAAAGGUCGUCGAGGCUGGUAAGCUCUUGGACCCUGUCAAAGUUGUUGCACAGAUUCUCCUGUAUCCGUUCUUUGUCGGGAGUGUCCCUACGCAUUCAGAAUUGAAGUUUGCGAAUUCGUACUUUUACGAUAAAGCUAUGUGCCUUCUUGCUUGGAAGCUGUUCCUACCUGAGGAAGAGUUUAGUCUUGAUCAUCCAGCUGCAAAUCCCCUUGCUUCUGGUAGAGAAGGCCCACCUUUAAAGCUUAUGCCACCGACACUGACAGUGGUAGCUGAACUCGACUGGAUGAGAGAUCGAGCCAUAGCAUACUCCGAAGAACUUCGAAAAGUAAAUGUCGAUGCACCUGUUCUUGACUAUAAGGAUGCAGUACACGAAUUUGCUACCCUCGACAUCCUUCUCAAGACACCUCAAGCCCAAGCUUGUGCAGAGGACAUCGCCAUCUGGGUCAAAAAAUAUAUUUCACUACGAGGCCACGAGUUCUCUUAUUGAUGUGUAUUCUGAAGAAACCAGGCAUAAUAAACCGAGUCGAGGUAGUGUCACGGUUAGAGAUCAUGUGGUGUACUUAGAAUGAGGGAGUGUAACAUUUUUUCAUAGGCUGUUAAAUCAAGUUUUGUUCCUCCUUCCAUUUUGAUCUUUUGUAAGAUAGAGAACCCUGAGAUUAGGAGGAUGGAUACAUAUAUCAUUGGUCUUGUAAUGUAAAAUGUUUCCGAUUCUCUUUCGAAAUCGAGCACCGAGGUUGAACAUCGU